GACGACGACGACGACGACGACGACGGCGUUGACGUCAACGGCGACUCGUUCCUUUGCCGAUUUGCACGCGGAAGGUCGCGGAAACGCCGUAGUGCUGUACGCCGACGAUGGUAUUAUGUCGCGACGCGCUCGAUUCGGUGAGUGUGCAUUAGUGCCGUUUACGGGGCUGCUGGAGAUCUUCCACGAGGGACUAGUAUGACAACCAGCUGACGGAUGUAUCCUUGGUCUCCAAGCUGCUCACGACGUCGGCGGGAUCGAGCGGAUUGAGCGGACUGAGCAGACAGUGGAAGGAUGUUGGGCAGCGUGGGAGGUCGACACGUGUCUACGCGUCGGCGUGGCAGCAUUCCGCUGGUGCGUGCAGGUAUGGGCCUCACCGGUGGUUAUGGUGCCACUUCAGGGGUCGGUGGUUUCGACGGCGGCACGACGCAGUCGGAUAUGCCCAAGUAUGCCACCAGGAGACGAAGAGCCGUCACCACCAGUGAUCACAAGAGCUGCGCCCUCAUACAGACGCGGGUUAAGCUUGGCGAUAUUAUGUUGGCAGCAGCGCAAGAGGCGGCACAAAGGGACCCUGGAUACGCGAGUCAGUACAGGAGAAGGCCGAGGUUGGCCGGACUGAGUGGUCUCGGUGACUGGACUAGCUUCGGAGGGGAGGUACCUGGUCUGGUGGAUAUGGCACUAGGCCGGGAUCAGGGCGGUGGGGCGGGUGGCGGUGGGGCAGCCGGCAAGCACAACACGUCAUUGUUUAUCCUGGCGCAUGAUAACUGCAUACGGAAGCACACCCGCUUCAUCAUCGAGUGGCCGCCCUUCGAGUACGCCGUCCUGCUCACCAUCAUCGCCAAUUGCGUGGUCCUCGCCCUCGAGGAGCAUCUGCCGAAGCAAGACAAGACUAUACUCGCACAGAAGCUCGAGGCUACGGAGAUCUACUUCCUCGGGAUUUUCUGCGUCGAGGCGAGCCUCAAGAUCGUCGCCCUCGGCUUCGUCCUCCACCGCGGCUCCUAUCUGCGCAACAUCUGGAACAUCAUGGACUUCUUCGUUGUGGUGACCGGGAUCAUCACGGCGUUCUCGCAAGGCAUACACCUGGAUAUGGAUCUGCGCACGUUGCGUGCGAUACGCGUGUUGCGACCGCUCAAACUUGUCUCCGGCAUACCGAGUCUUCAGGUGGUGCUCAAGUCUAUCAUCAAGGCAAUGGCGCCGCUCCUGCAGAUCGGUCUGCUGGUACUCUUCGCCAUCGUGAUAUUCGCUAUCAUCGGCCUCGAGUUUUAUUCGGGAACUCUGCAUAAAACGUGCUACAGUAUAAGGGAUACCAGUGUAAUCAUAAAGGAGGGCGAGUUUCCGAGCCCGUGCAACACGGAUAUCAAGAAUGACGCCCCGCCGGGGGCCCACGUGUGCGACGCGAACGUCUCGACGUGCAUGGAUCACUGGGAGGGACCAAACUCGGGCAUCACCAGCUUCGAUAACAUCGGAUUCGCCAUGCUCACUGUCUUCCAGUGUAUCACUAUGGAGGGCUGGACUGCCAUAUUGUACUGGACGAACGACGCUCUUGGCAGCACGUACAACUGGAUUUACUUUAUACCAUUGAUCGUCCUUGGAUCAUUCUUCAUGCUGAACUUAGUUCUCGGUGUCUUGAGCGGAGAGUUUGCGAAGGAGAGAGAGAAAGUGGAGAACCGGCAGACCUUCCUGAAGUUGCGAAGACAGCAGCAGCUCGAGCGCGAACUGAAUUGUUACCUCAAUUGGAUCUGCAAAGCAGAGGAGGUGAUACUCGCCGAAGAGAGGACCACGGAAGAGGAGAAAAUGCACAUAUUAGAAGCAAGAAGAAGAGCGGCUGCCAAGAAGAAGAAGCUGAAGAAUCUCGGCAAGAGUAAAAGCACUGAUACAGAGGAGGAGGAGGGCGAGGAUGAUCAGGACGAUGGGUUCUCGAGAACUUCCUACUUCAAGUCGAAGGUGAAGAAGCAAGGCACCUGUCUGCAGUUCUGGCGGGCCGAGAAGCAAUUCAGGUUCUGGAUACGGAACUCCGUCAAGUCGCAGCAGUUCUACUGGUUCGUCAUCGUCCUUGUGUUCUUCAACACCGUCUGCGUGGCUGUUGAGCAUUACGAUCAGCCGAAGUGGCUCACCGAUUUUCUCUUCUACGCAGAGUUUGUGUUCCUGGCCCUCUUCAUGUUGGAGAUGUUUAUCAAGAUGUACGCGCUCGGUCCUCGCACAUACUUCGAAUCGAGCUUCAAUCGCUUCGACUGCAUUGUCAUCUUGGGCUCGAUCUUCGAGGUGAUCUGGUCCGCGUUGAAGUCCGGCUCUUUCGGCCUCUCCGUCCUACGUGCCCUUAGACUCCUGAGAAUUUUUAAGGUCACCAAAUACUGGAAGAGCCUGAGGAAUCUCGUGAUAUCGCUGCUCAGCUCGAUGCGCAGCAUCAUCUCUCUUCUCUUCUUGCUCUUCCUUUUCAUCCUCAUAUUCGCGCUGCUCGGUAUGCAGCUCUUCGGCGGCCAGUUCAACUUUGACAGCGGCACGCCGCCCACUAACUUCAACACCUUUCCCAUCGCACUACUCACUGUCUUCCAAGUCCUGACUGGAGAAGACUGGAACGAAGUGAUGUACCAGGGUGUCGAGUCGCAGGGCAUGGCCUACUCGCUCUACUUCAUCGUGCUGGUGCUCUUCGGCAACUACACCCUGCUGAACGUCUUCUUGGCUAUCGCCGUUGACAAUCUCGCGAACGCGCAGGAGCUGAGUGCCGCCGAGGAUGAGAAGAAGGAGGAGGACAAGGAGAAGCAGAUGCAGGAGCUCGGGAAGGAGAUCGAGUCGCUGCAAAAGCCCGGGAGCGGUAGUGCGUCGAAGAUAGGAAUCUCCUCUGAAGAAAAGAAUUUCAAAAAUGGAAAAGGUGAAAAGAAGUCCAAAGAGAAGAAGCAGGAUGAAGACGACGACACGGGACCAAAACCAAUGCUGCCAUACUCCUCCAUGUUUAUACUGUCCCCUACGAAUCCCAUAAGAAAAGCCGCCCACUGGGUCGUUAACCUUCGGUACUUCGACUUCUUCAUAAUGAUAGUGAUAUCGCUGUCGAGUAUCGCGCUAGCCGCCGAGGACCCCGUCUGGGAGCUCGCGCCGAGGAACACGAUCCUCAACUACUUCGAUUACGCGUUCACCGGCGUCUUCACCAUCGAAAUGGUGCUGAAGAUCAUCGAUCUCGGCAUCAUACUGCACCCGGGUUCGUACCUGCGCGAGUUUUGGAACGUUAUGGACGCGGUGGUCGUGAUAUGCGCGAUGGUGUCGUUCGCGUUCGACAUGUCCGGCAGCUCGGCCGGCCAGAACCUCUCGACCAUCAAGUCGCUCAGGGUGCUGCGGGUGCUUAGGCCGCUAAAGACGAUAAAGCGCGUACCGAAGCUCAAGGCGGUGUUCGACUGUGUGGUGAACAGUCUCAAGAACGUCAUUAACAUUCUCAUAGUGUAUAUAUUGUUCCAAUUCAUAUUCGCUGUGAUCGCGGUGCAGCUGUUCAACGGCAAGUUCUUCUACUGCACCGACGAGAGCAAGUAUACGAAGGAGGAUUGCAAUGGUCAAUUCUUCGUUUUCGAGGAAGAUUCCAUGCUACCGGAACUUCAGCCACGGAAAUGGCAAUCGCAGUCUUUUCACUACGACAACGUAAUGGUGGCCAUGCUGACGUUGUUCGCCGUACAGACCGGCGAGGGCUGGCCGCAGGUCCUACAGAACUCGAUGGCGGCCACGUACGAGAACAAGGGCCCCAUCCAGAAUUUUCGCAUCGAGAUGUCCAUUUUCUACAUCGUUUACUUCAUCGUCUUUCCGUUCUUCUUCGUCAACAUCUUCGUGGCCUUGAUCAUUAUCACGUUCCAGGAGCAGGGAGAGGCUGAACUACAGGACGGUGAAAUCGAUAAGAAUCAGAAAUCUUGUAUAGACUUUACAAUACAAGCUCGGCCGCUCGAGAGGUACAUGCCGAAGGAGCGGAAUAGCAUAAAGUACAAAAUCUGGAAGAUAGUUGUAUCCACGCCAUUCGAGUAUUUUAUCAUGAUUCUCAUCGUCUUGAACACGUUACUCCUUAUGAUGAAGUUCCAUCGGCAAAGCGACCCGUACAAGAACACGCUGAAGUACAUGAACAUGUGCUUCACGGGGAUGUUCACUGUCGAGUGCAUACUGAAGAUCGCCGCAUUCGGCGUGAGGUAUCACGAGGCGCCGCCAGUUUUUUUGGACUUCUUGACCAUCGUGAACUUGGUCGUCACCCUCCUUUUCCUCAUUGAGUGCAUCCUUAAAGUCAUCGCCUUCGGAUGCAAGAACUUCUUCAGGGACGCCUGGAACAUCUUCGACUUCAUCACGGUGAUCGGUAGCAUCGUGGACGCCCUCGUGAUCGAGUUCGGGGAAAACUUCAUCAACGUCGGCUUCCUCAGGCUCUUUCGCGCCGCCAGGCUGAUCAAACUACUCAGGCAGGGAUACACGAUACGAAUUUUACUCUGGACAUUCGUACAAUCCUUCAAAGCUCUGCCUUACGUUUGUCUCCUCAUAGCGAUGCUGUUCUUCAUUUACGCGAUCAUCGGUAUGCAGGUAUUCGGUAACAUCGCGCUGGAACCUGAGACUUCUAUUACCAAGCACAACAAUUUCCAAAGCUUCAUUCAAGGUCUGAUGCUGCUUUUUCGGUGCGCAACGGGCGAGGCCUGGCCGAACAUCAUGUUAUCCUGCAUAAAGGGUCGGCCGUGCGACCAGAAGGCCGACAAGCAGCAGGAUCCGAACAGUUGCGGCUCCAAUAUCGCCUACAUCUACUUCGUGACGUUCAUCUUCUUCUGCUCGUUCCUCAUGCUGAAUCUCUUCGUCGCCGUUAUCAUGGACAACUUCGAUUACCUCACUCGCGACUCGUCGAUUUUGGGCGCUCACCAUCUCGACGAGUUCGUCAGAAUCUGGGCCGAGUACGAUCCGAACGCCACCGGCAAAAUCCACUAUACGGAGAUGUACGACAUGCUGAAAAACAUGGACCCGCCGUUGGGGUUUGGCAACAAGUGCCCGAAUCGGCUGGCGUACAAGAAGCUCAUCAGGAUGAAUAUGCCGGUGGACGAUGACGGCAAAGUCAACUUCACCACCACGCUGUUCGCUCUGAUACGCGAGAAUCUCAACAUCAAAAUGCGAUGUGCUAACGAAAUGAGUAAAGCCAAUGAUGAACUGCGAAACACGAUCAGAAGUAUCUGGCCUUUACAAGCGAAAAAGAUGUUGGACCUUUUGAUACCUAGGAACGAAGAAUUGGGCAAAGGCAAGCUCACCGUGGGUAAGAUAUACGUCUGCCUUCUGAUACUCGAAAGUUGGAAGACGACGAAGUUUGGUCAGAUACAGUCUGCUGGACAGAACGAUAACGAUCUUAUCGAUAACGAUAAUGCUGGGCAAAGUCCUGCAGCCCAGGCGCGAUCGGCCUUCUACAACUGCCUGCUGGACAUGACGGCGGUAAAUCACACCGGAAAUAAUCACGGAACCGGAAGUAGGGCGAACAGCCUCGAACCGGUGACGCGACUCACGGAUGUCAAGCACGAACGACUCAAAGAGCACAAGGAUGAGGAGGAAGGGGCCCUAGGUGUCCUCGCAGCCGCCGAGCACAGACGUCAGCGUAGCAUCAGAAACAAAAAGGUGAACUGGAAGAUGUCUCACCAGUACGAUAUACUAGGCAGCAGCGGAGAGAGUAGCCAGGGAGGGGGUGGGUCUGGGGUUGUACUCGUAGUUAAUGACGAGGAUCGCGCCCCCGAGCUAGAGCCAUUGCUGGCUGAGGUGCCCUCCCAGCGGGAUCAAAACAACUACUACCACCAUCACCAUCACGACCAAUACUACGAUACCGACAAUGAUCAAUACUAUGACCAUCACCACUACCACCACCACCAUCACCAUCAUCAUCAUGACCACCGACCACCCUCGUACUACCAACACCAGAACACCUACGCACCUCGCUCCUCGAUCCGUUACCACAAGAUGGAGCUGCAGGACAUCGUAGUAGAUGACUCGCGUCCCGAUAGUCUCGAGAGUCUCACACAUCCCGCGCCAGGCGACAGGCUUCAUCCGCAUCAUCCCUCAGCGCCUCCGCCUAGACAUCGUUCGCGAUCGCCAAGCAUAAGAAGACCCUCGCCAAUAAUGCAUAGGUCGCCAUCGCCGAGGCGACAUCGUUACGACCAACACGGUCACUACCACGAAGGACCAGGGUUUAGCGACACCGUUAGCAACGUCGUCGAGAUUCAAAGGCACACACAUCACCCCCAUUCGUCACAGUAUAAUCAUCGACAUAGGAUACGAGACUAUUACGACCACUGCGACUAUUACGACGAUGGUCCAUGGAGCGCCUCAACGAGUCCAGCCAGGUCGCCGAGUCCGGUACACCGGAUAGAGCGCGGCGGCCAUUACGGCACGACUAGUCUGGAGCAACGUUCGAGGAGCCCGAGCCCGAUCAGCGGUCACCCGCAUCAUCAUCGUCGUCGCCAUCAUCCGCAUCAACACAGUUAUCCGGUGCUGGUGGCCAGGAGGGGUCAGGGUCGCCAGCUACCGCCGACCCCGAGCAAGCCAUCGACUCUGCAGCUGAAGCCGACCAACAUUAACUUUCCCAAACUGAACGCUUCGCCUACUCAUGGCCCGCACAUGGGCGGACCGCAUGUGUCGGUGCUGCCAGGUGUGCUGCACCCGUCGCCGCCGCACAUGCAGCCGGGUAUACAGCAGGGUCACCUGCGGCCGCUCAGCUUCGAGCAAGCGGUCGCGAUGGGCCGCGGUGGGAUAGGACGUAUGCUACCCAGCCCGGUGCCGAAUGGCUACAAGCCGCAGCCGCACUCCAAACAGAAAACGCCCAAGUCACGGCAUUCCGACAGUGACGAGGACGAUUGGUGCUAGCCAAAGUGGGACCCUGGACGGUGGUCCGGUGACGUGGACGCCCCCAGGCGUCUUAGGGUUUGCGCAUGAAUUGUCCAAAUGGGACGCGCGUUGAUUCCGGUGUGCACUCGAGGGCAAUGGAAGAGCCUGAUGAGUCUUGAAACCUUGAUGGUUUCCCGACGACCAUGAUCAGCCGUGCGGAUACCGCGCACAGGGGCGGCCAUUCCGGUCAUGGUACGGCGUUUCGGCAGUGCGACCGAAAUGAAUCUACGGAAGAGUAUCGUUAAACGGGGAAACCAACGUCGAUCCGAGGUGGACGGUGUUCAGGCCGACUCCGAGGGCUGAACACGACGACCGAACAGGGUCAGCAAAUAGCAACUGCAACAGCAACAAUAGUAACAACCACAGCAACAACAACAACAAGAAGCUAAUUUCGUCGUCGGAUCAUGGGAUUGAUCGAUCGAUCCAUCAAUCCGCGUGUCCGACAGUCAACAAGAGCGAUCAUUCACGCGAGACGUAACGUCACGCAUGCAUCCGGCAAACGAAGAGGAGUGUGAUACGGCUACUGUCCUACGAACGAUCGAAAUGCAAUCAAAUCGGCCGAGCUUGGCGAAGCGCAAGGAUCGGCCGCUUACUAGGAGACCGAGCCAGGAUCAACAGCGUUAAUGAUCACCCAAACCCGGGCAAUCUCCCGAACGUCGUAGAGAGAAACGAAUGCGAUAUUCGCUGGUUAACGAUUAAUCGAUCAAUCGCCGUCGUUGAGAACGCUGAAUAUCGCUCGAUGGUGCGAACGACGAUCGGCGAAAUGAUCGGAGGAGCGAUCCCGGUGUGAUCGCAUCAUGCGACAGCUACAUCGAGAGAUAAGGUGAUGGUGGUGGUGGUGGUGGUGGUAGUGAUGGUGGUGGUGGUGGUGGUGGUGAUGGUAGUGGUGGUCGGCAAUAAAACUCGUCGUACACGAUAGUGAAGAGGCGAACAAAACGGACGUUGCGAGAGUUCGAACCCUCCCACCAUAUACGUGAGUUGAUAUUUUAGCAUCUUCCCUCGCGCCUCGAUUGGCCGACGAUGGAUCGAGAAGUCCGCCGGGGAAGAUUCACUUUUUAUACGAUUUACCGGAGGAGAGACUCAUCGAAAUGGCCGAAUGUCGGCCACUGUGAUCACCACGAACGUUCUCUUACGUGUGCGUGUCUGUUGCUGAAUGUAUGGUGUAUGUGUGUACGUACGUGCGAGCGAACGAAUGAACGAACGAACGAAUGAACGAAUGCGCAUGCAUGGACGUGUGAAACCCUUUCCCUUGCGAGAUUCGUCGAUAAUUGCGACUGACGCGUCGAAUCAUUUCACCUUCAUGCGGGUGAUGUCGGUAAUAAGCGAUGUUACUCGUUCAACGACGACGUUAAUGAGGCGAGACAGAUUAAGAGACGUUGAACUGAAUAGGUGAGAAGGGCGGUAGGGUCGACCUUAGGCUCGUUGUUGGGUCAACUGAUUUGGUCGAUGGACUCGCACUAGAGCGACCUGGUUUUGAGAAGUAGAGGAACACGAGGAACAACUUAAGAUUGAAGACGAGACUCGUUGGAUCAGGCAUGUUUGCCAAGGUCGGCCCUGCGAUGAGGACUCCUUCUCAACACAUUGUAGCAUUUUGUGUUCUUUCCCCCUUUUCCCUUCGCUAAAGACAAAGGGUUACGCGAGCGAGUAAUCGGGGAACUCCGCUGCGUGAACAGAACAGACUGACGAACGCAGGUGAACGUUUCCCGAUGAGUCGCGCGAGAUCCUGCCCGAGACCCUGCCCGAGGAAAGGACUGACGUGGUGGUUGGAAUAGUGGAGGUCAAGGAGUUGACCCUCUUAACGCGUAAUAAUCGAACAGGAGAGAGAAUACAAACUAUUCUACCGAGACUCACUAGCUCUAUUCUGCCAUUAGCGAAGUCACGUGAGGAAACACUUUAAUCAAAAACAAAACAAGUUAGAAAGGAAAGCGCGAAAGAUCAGAUAUCGCUCCGCGAAACCGAGUAGACAGUGAGAGAGGGAGAGACGUGCAAGAACUGCCGCUGUGCGAUAUCGAUAGUUUGCAAUUGCAAUUCUUGCAAAUCGCAAAAGCGAAUACAAAAUCGCGAUAUGAAAGUUGCUUCAGGGGUGAGAAUACGCGCAAGAUCGGCGUUGGCGUUAAUUAUUAGGCGCGUUCGUAGAAAUUAGAAGUCGAUUUGAAGACACAUCGAGACGAGGAAAUUACGUGAUCGAUAAUCGGUGUGAUUAUUGGCUGCGAGGAGAGAAGAAAGUUUGAGGAAAUUCGCGGUAUCGAUUAACGAAACAUAAAAUUCACAGGAAAAAUUUUAAUUUACGACGGUGGAACGUAGUUUGUUACACGAGACUCUGAAACGCAUGUCGGACGUGAUCGAGAGGCGCUUCACGUUUUGGCAAAUUGGCGAAUUUAACCAAAAAAAGAAAAAAAGAAAAAAAAUGGAAAAGGAAGAAAAAGAAACUUCUAAAAUUUCUCUUACGCCGUGUGAAAAGUCCACGACUCGAGACAUAUACAGGGAUAGUUGUAAUAGAGUUAGGCAAAAUAUAAUGAGAGUCGUGUAAAAUACCAAUAAAUAACGUCGAACAGCGAAGGGUAGAAGUCGCAUAUUGACGUUAUAUUAACGUUAAACGCGCAUGGCGACGUUUCGUUGACGUUAUCUCGAGUAAAUUUUCAGUCGCUAUCGAUCCUCGAUAGCGAGAGGAGAGAUCGGCAGGGUGAGAU